GCCAAUCACAACUCCUCAAAGCGACUAUACAGCACCAGCUGUUCUGAGAUUUCCAACACCUCGCUUACGGAUGGACCAAUUCCGUUCAACCCGUCACCGUGAAGCCCGUUAGAUUCGGCCUCCACAUCACAUAAACUCAACGACUAGCAACACAGCUUAAACACCCAGCAACAUCGCUAUUAUAAGCAGCCCUAUAGUUAGCCUGACUUUCAAUCUUUGACUUCCAAAUCUCAAAUAAUAAAUCCCAAAUUCCCAAGAUUAUCCUCUAUGAUUUCUCGCGAAUUUCGACCUCGACUCCUCUCUCCUCAAAGCUCAAAGACGCAGACAAAGCCAGCCAAUUACAACCCUACAAACCUUUCAUAUAGCAGUAUCCCUUUUGAAAUCUCGAACACCUUUUCGCCUGCUCCACUAAUUGAAUGUUCGUCAUACGAGGAAAGACAUUCGCUCCUGGCCUCCAAGUUGCGACUUAUCAGGCCGACUUACAGACAUUGAAUCUUCCUCGAGACUUUUAGAAGGUUUCAUAGGAGCAUGACUUUCUUUCUCACUUUACCAUGAUCUCAAAAACGGACUUUCAUCGAAGUGGUUCGUGGUGGCGAUA